AUGGAGAUGGUUGUGGUUGUUGAAGGUCAGUCAUCUCAGGUCAUCCCCAGGAGACACGAGAACACCACCGCAGAGAAACCGUGGAAAUGUGGCGAUUGUGGGAAAGGAUUCAGUUCCCCAUCAAAGCUGGAAAUUCAUCAACGCAGCCACACUGGAGAGAGACCAUUUACCUGCUCUGUGUGUGGGAAGGGAUUCACUCAUUCAUCCAAUCUUCUGAGACACAAGCAACUUCACAAAGAGCAAAGUUCACUCAUCUGCUCUAUAUGUGGGAAGGCCAUUAGUCAGUCAUCAAACUUUCUGAGGCAUCAGCAAACUCACAGUGGAGAGAGGCCAUUCACAUGCUCUGUGUGUGGGAAGGGAUUUACUCAAUCAUCCUACCUGCUGAAACACCAGCAAAUUCACACUAGGGAGAGUCCAUUCUCCUGUACCGUGUGCGGGGAAGGAUUUAACCGACUAUCCAGACUUUUGAAACACCAGCGCACUCACACUGGGGAGAGUGCGUUCACCUGCUUUAUCUGUGGGAAAGGAUUUAAUCGACCGUCCAAACUACUGACACAUCACCGCAUUCACACUGGGGAGAGGCCAUUCUCCUGUACCUUGUGUGGGAAAGGAUUUACUAAUUCAUCUGACCUAUUGAUUCAUCAGCGAGUUCACACUGGGGAGAGGCCGUUCAUCUGUUCCAUAUGUGGAAAGGGAUUUACUCGGUCAUCUCACCUUCUGACACAUCAACUUGUUCAUACUGAUCAGAGGCCUUUUCAAUGCUCUGACUGUGAAAAGACCUUUAAAUGUAAAAAGGAUCUGCUGAUACACCAACGAGUUCACACUGGAGAAAAACCAUACAUCUGCUCUGUUUGUGGGAAGGGUUUCACACAGUCAUCCUCCUGCCUGACACACCAGCGAACUCACAAGAUUUUAGAAGAGGAUUUUCAGAAAGGAAACUGGAAAUUAAACAUCAAACCAAGAUCUGAGAGUCACUCACUUUAUCAAGAACUGGGUGUUAUCAGUCUUUCAGUAUUUCCAACAGCUGCAGUAUUUAUCCAUUAUUUGAUUGCAAGUGUUGCUCAGAGAACCGAGCCUGGAAACACAGACAGGACAAUGAAGAGCCGGAUUGUAGAUGUUAAAGAGGAGGUCAAAGGAGAAAAAUUAAGAGGAAAAAGGGUGAGGAUUAGGAACGCAAUUCCAGAAAUUAUAGUCUUGGCAAUUGAAGGCCAAGAACCUGACUCGUUGGUCUUGAGCAUGGAAGGAAAAAGCCCCAUUCACAGUGGGGAGAAACCGUACACGUGUUCUUUGUGUGGACGAGGCUUCAGCCGAUCAUCAGGCCUGUCGAGACACAAGCGCAGCCAUGAUGGGGUGAAACCAUGGAAAUGUGGGGACUGUGGGGAGGGAUUUAGUUAUCCGUCUGAGCUGAAAACCCAUCUCCGUCGGCACACUGGGGAAAGGCCAUUCACCUGCUCUGAGUGUGGGAAGGGAUUCACUGAUUCAUCCACUCUGCUGAGACACCAGCAGGUUCACACUGGAGAGAAGCCUUUUAAAUGUCAAGACUGCACAAAGUGCUAUAAGAAUUCCUGGGAACUCCGGCGCCAUCAGCGACUUCACACAGAUGAAAGACCUUUUCAGUGCUCAGACUGUGGAAAGAGCUUUAAAAGUUCUGGGGAACUGAUGCGCCAUCAGCAUGUUCACACUGAUGAGAGACCAUUCAGGUGCUCUCACUGUGGAAAUGGGUUCAAGCGCCCAUCUAACCUCACUAUACACCAGUGCACUCACACUGGAGAGAGACCAUUCACAUGCUCCAAGUGUGGCAAAAGAUUCACUCAGUUAUCCAGCCUGCUGAGACACCAGCGGGUUCACACUGGGGAGAGACCAUUCACCUGCUCCAAAUGUGGGAAGAGAUUCACUUGGUCUUCUGAUCUGGCAAAACACCAGCGAGUUCACACUGGGGAGAGACCAUUCACCUGCUCUGAGUGUGGAAAGGGAUUCACUCAAUCAUCCAGCCUGCUGACACACCAGCGGUUUCACAGUGGAGAGAGGCCAUACACCUGCUCUGAGUGUGGGAAGGGAUUCACUCAGUCAUCCCAUCUGUUGAUUCACCAGCGGUUUCAUAGUGGAGAGAGGCCAUACACCUGUUCUGAGUGUGGGAAGGGAUUCACUCAGUCAUCUACCUUGCUGAUCCACCAGCAGGUUCACAGCGGAGAGAGGCCAUUCAGCUGCCCUCAAUGUGAGAAGCGAUUCACACGGUCGUCCCACCUACUGAGACACCAGCGAGUUCACAAGUAACUGUGGUGAUUAGAUUUUGCUGUUAAUCCUACUGGGGAGUGAACCAUAUUCAUUGGCAUCUGUUUUUGCUAAUGGGAAUAACCUGUAGCCCUGUUAAUGAGUGUUGAAUGUUCUGGAUUGUAGUCAAAUAAACCAGUUCUGUGUUAAUUACAA